AGCUUGGCUUAUCGAAUUGAAUUGAAGGCCAUUAGGUUUAGAAAAAUUGUCUUUUUUAUCACUGUAAAAUUGUUAUUAUUGUUUUGUUCGUUUAUCAGGAUAGUUGGUGCAAAAUGAGAAAGGAAGAUAGUGUUCUGUUUUAUAUUUAUAGUGAUAACAAUACAGUUUGAGUAUGUACAACAAGCCCACUGACUCUUCAGUGUACGUUGUUUUUGUCUAAAUAGGAAUGGCUAGUAUAAUAUUUUUACGCAACUUUGUUUCGCCAGCAAGAGGAGUAUCAUGCAAUUUGUUGAAUCAAAUUGGAGUGCUUCCGGUGGUGCAACAAUUUCAUCAAAGUUAUAUUGUUAAAAACUAUUCUAGUUGCAAACAAAAGAAAAUGAACACUGGCGAGCAAGCUUCUCUUUCACCAGACUUCUUUUUUCGCCAGCUAUUUGACACCGAGAGUAGUACUUACACGUAUCUGCUGGCUGAUGUCACAUCAAAAAUAGCUGUUUUAAUUGACCCAGUGAUUGAACAUGCAGAGAGAGAUGCAAAAUUGAUAAAUGAACUUGGUUUCAGCCUCAAAUAUGCAAUGAAUACUCACAUGCAUGCAGAUCAUAUCACUGGUACUGGAGUACUCAAGAAGAUGCUACCAGGCUGUAAAAGUCUCAUCUCCCGCUGCAGUGGUGCCAUGGCAGAUGUGUAUGUGGACCCCUGUGAUAAUGUGCAAUUCGGCAGCCAUUGCCUAUCAGUUCGAAGUACUCCUGGCCAUACCAGCGGAUGUGUCACAUAUGUGUGUGAGAGUCAAGGUCUGGUGUUCACCGGAGAUACUCUGCUGAUACGAGGCUGUGGCCGCACAGACUUCCAAGAGGGUGAUGCAGCAACUCUUUACAACUCUGUACAUACUCAGAUAUUUACCCUUCCUGACAACUUCAAAAUUUAUCCUGCUCAUGACUACAAAGGUCAAACGUGCAGUACAGUCCUUGAAGAGAAGACAUACAAUCCUCGACUGACAAAACCAAAAGCAGAAUUUAUAAAACUGAUGAAUAAUCUCAAUUUGCCCUAUCCAAAGAAAAUUGAUAUUGCUGUUCCCGCUAACAAAUGUUGUGGAAUUCAACAAGAUUGAGCUGAAGUGUAAAAUUAAUAAUUUGUUGUUAUAACUUUUGUAUUAAAUUUUUGUUGGUUUUGGUCAUCUAUAUUAGUUGAAUUGGAAAUAUUUUUGUUGUACUCUUAUACAUUGAACUAAUCUUUUAUCUAUCUGUGAUAUACAAUGAUAUAUACAAUCGCUAGACAUUGUAACUUGUGAUACAAUGUUAUCAAACAUAACCACUACUUUAAUACAUAUUUAUUUCUUGACUUUGUA